AUGGCUGCCCACCACAGCGUGCCAGCAGGUGAUCGCCAUGGAGCCAGUGGCCAGGGCGAAGGCAAGAUCAGGGCGAGCCAUCUGCUUAUCAAGCACCGUGACAGCAGACGACCAAGCAGCUGGAGAGAGUCGGAGAUCACACGAUCGAAGGACGAGGCCAUUGAGAUCCUACGCAACCACAAGCAGCGUAUCCAGUCCGGCGAGGCAUCACUGGGUGAUAUUGCGACCUCGGAGUCUGACUGCAGCAGUGCCAGGAAAAGGGGCGAUCUCGGAUUCUUUGGCCGAGGAGAAAUGCAGGCCGAGUUUGAACAGGCCGCUUUUGCACUGAAAGUCGGCGAAGUCAGUGAUAUCGUGGAGACAGCCUCGGGUGUUCAUUUGAUUGAGCGUGUCCAAUGA